AUGGCCAUGGGCGCGCACUGCUCGUGGUUGCUGAGAUCCCUCCUGCCGUCGCUGUGGGAGGCGGAGGUGGCCAUCUCCGCCGUGGCACUUCUCGCCGCCGCCGUCGCGCUGCUCCUCAUCCUCGAGGAGACCGCGUCCGCCACCUCCCCCUCCUCUCCCACGACUAAGAGCUAUGACCGAGACCGAGGGGGGCGGAGGCGGGGCAGCGCAAAGGGAAGCAGGGCGGCCGCUGAACCAGGAUGCGCCGGCGACGAGAUCACUCUUGUGGCUGACAGCUCUCGCUCUCGGAGCACCACCGCGUACGUGAUCAAGCUGGAGCUGGUGUCUGCCAAGUACCUGAUCGGCGCCAACCUGAACGGGACCGCCGAACCCUACGCCGUCAUCUCCCUCGGCGGGCAGAAGCGCUUCAGUCCCAUGGUGCCUAGCCAAAGAAAUCCCGUGUGGGGGGAGGCGUUCAGCUUCCUGGCCAGAGAACUUCCAGCUGAGGUAACCAUAACAGUUUAUGACUGGGACAAUGUAUGCAAACGCAAAGUCAUCGGAUCUGUCACUAUAGCUAUCCUCGCCGAAGACGAAACAGGAGCCGUUUGGUACGACCUGGACAGCAGAUCUGGUCAGAUCUGCUUGCGUAUUAGCUCAAAGAAAGUGUCGUCGACUUCUGACAGCUUCUUUAAGCAGUAUACCGGAGCCAAGUCCCAGAGAAAGAUGAUACUCACUAGGCAACGGUUGGCGAUGACUGAAGACAGUGGUCCUCUGCACGCUACAAUCGAGUUUCCUCAUGACGAAAUUGUUCACCACAGUUAUUCUUGUGCUCUGGAGAGGUCUUUCUUGCGGUAUGGGCGUAUGUGCAUCUCCUCAUGGCAUCUGUGCUUCCAGUCACACGUAUUCUCCAAGCAAUUAAAUGUAAGUACAAUUCCGUUACAAGACAUAUAUGAGAUAAGGAGGAGCCAGCACUCCCUUAUAAACCCAGCUAUUACUAUAUUUCUUCAUACCGACGCAGGUGGUCAUGGAGUAUCUCCAUUGUGCUGCCAAAAUGGAAGCGUAAGGUACAAGUUCACAUCCUUCUGGAACAGAAACCGUACAUUUCGAGCUCUAGAGACAGCGCUGCAGUGUUACCGAGCAACAUUGGAAGCCGAAAAGCAGGUGGGUGCACAUUUGCUUCUUAAAGGAGAGAGUAUGAAUGUUAUUAGCAGCAGAACAGACAACAUAAAGACAGAAAACAGAAGAAUUGGACUGACUAUCACAUUUCAACCUUUCGUCAAUGAACAUGUUCUUGUAGACAUAACCAGUAAUACCUUCCCUGGUACACCUGAGAAGUUUUUCACUGUGAUACUAGGUGAUGAUGCAAUGUUUUUCCAGCAGUACCGAAAUGCACGAAAAGAUACAGAUUUAAAGCUGAGUAAGUGGCAUGUCUCAGAUGAGUACGGUGGAAAUGUUCGCGAAGUAACUUUCAGGUCACUAUGCCACAGUCCUUUGUGUCCUCCAGACACUGCGGUAACUGAAUUGCAGCAUGUUUUUUUCUCAAACGACAAAAGAAACCUGAUCUAUGAAACAAAGCAGCAAGCACACGAUGUCCCAUUUGGUUCUUACUUUGAGAUCCACUGCAGGUGGUCUCUAAGGACAACCUCUAGUUCAACAUGUCAAGUGGAUAUAAAGAUUGGUGUGAACAUGAAGAAGUGGUGCAUUUUGCAAUCAAAAAUAAAAUCUGGAGCAACUGAGGAGUACAGGAGAGAAGUUUGCAAGAUUUUGGAGGCUGCCAAUGAUUAUGCCGUCAAAGCUGAGUCAAAUGGGCCAAAUAGGGAAGAUAUUGUGGUGACAUCUUCAGCAUAA